AAAUUUUAUUAAUAAAUAAUAUUGGUGAUAAUCUAAAGUGGCUAGUCUACUGAUUUACUAUACUAAUCAGUAUUCUCCUUAAAUUAAUUACAAUGUCUACGUUUCAUUAUGGCCUCUUAAUAGCUGUGACUUGUUCCUUUGUUUAUAGUCAAAAUGUGAACAAUGUACGUCUGGUACAGCACAGAGAGUACAUGACCAAAGUACUUACUGAAGUUGGACUAAUCUUAGAAGAAAGAGAAUGGUGUAAUCUGAAGAUACCCGAGUUCCAAAUGGAGAUUGAUCAAUCGAUCUUAAACUGGGAAGUAGAAGGCAAAGUGUCUUUUCAAAAUGGUUUCGUUAUAUCGAUUCAGAGAGUUGAGAUUCUGGAAUCCAGUUUGAAUCAGAUAUGGACUUGGAACAAUAAUGAUGGACACGGAAAUGUUGAAGUUAGAGGUACAUUGAGGUUUCAUGAUAUGACUGCUGGUUUUGAUGUCAUCGCUGAUUUCAACCAACAAAUUUUCAUAUCAAGCGCAACAUAUCUUUAUCCGCUAAUCAGCUUCGAUUUUUCGAUAUUCAGAAAUACUGAAACCACGGAAACUAGAGUCGUGGUCACCGGCAACCAACCUAGAAGUGUAAACAAGCUUGAAUUCCUCCCGGUUAACAACGUCACUAAUGUAAUAAGGGCUUUGUAUAACACCAACAGCACUUUUACGGGAAUCACAUCGUGGGCUUCCGAGAUUUUGGCGCCAAUUGCUGAAGACGUCAUCACUAACAGAGUCGAAUUUCCAGUCGUAUGCUACAAUUGUCCUGUCUCGUAAAAAAUAUGUACCUAAUAGUAAAAUAUAUCUGUUUGUCAAUGUCUAAAUUGUUUCGAUUGCCGACCAAAUACUUAGAAGCAAAUAAAGGAUUCAAUUUGGA